AUGGCGUCUGCCGACGCAGAAAAGACGGAGAUGAAGAUGGAGGGCAUCGUUGAUGCUGCCUCGGAGCUAGCUCAAGACCCCCAGUCGAAAGUUAAUCCGGAGAUGGUGGAAGAGGCGUUGGUGAAGGAGGUGAGAGAGGCGGGCGUCCCUGCAUACCAAUUCAACCCGAAUGCCUCACCCGAAGAUAAGGCCUUGGCCGCUGAAGUGGGACGACCGGGUGGACUGCAGGAGAAGAAGCCACACGGUAUGGCCGUGAUCACAGACCAGCUUAAGGACCUCAACCAAAAAGCAGACUACGACUUGCCACCACCACCGCGAUCGGCGACAGCUGUCCUCGCCGAAGAAGCCAACGCAAACAGCAAGACACAGGAUGAAGAAGAUCUGAGAUGGGCACGCAACCGCACUGGCUGGGCGCCCAGGCACCAUCACGAACCCACUGAGGAGGAACAGGCCGAGGGUACUUUAUUAGACCACCAAACUUUCCUCGAGGGCAGAUUACCGGAGAAUUUGUUCGGCGACUGGUACCACAAUGCUGGGGUCAUUGUCUUUGCCUCUCUAUUUUCCUGGUCUGUUGCCACUCUGGGCGGUGGUAUUGGAUGGGUGCUUCUGGUCAUGGCGGCCUGCAGCACUUACUACCGCACAUCGAUUCGGCGAGUGCGUCGAAAUUUCCGCGACGAUAUCCAUCGCGAGAUGUCCAAGCAGCGACUGGAAACCGAUACCGAAAGUCUGGAGUGGAUGAACAGCUUCUUGGUCAAAUUUUGGCCUAUCUACGCUCCUGUUCUCUGCGACACCAUUAUUUCUUCCGUCGAUCAGGUCCUCAGUACCUCUUGCCCUGCUUUCCUGGACAGCUUGCGCCUCAAGACCUUCAUCCUCGGUACGAAGCCUCCUCGAUUGGAGCAUGUCAAGACUUACCCCAAGACCGAGCCGGACACUGUGAUCAUGGACUGGAAGUUUAGUUUCACCCCUAACGACACCAUGGAUUUGACCGCGCGCCAACUGAAGGAUAAGAUCAACCCCAAGAUUGUCCUGGAAGUCCGAGUGGGCAAGGGUGUUGUGAGCAAGGGCCUGGACGUGAUCGUCGAGGACAUGGCAUGCUCAGGUUUGAUGCGCGUGAAGGUUAAGCUGCAAAUUCCAUUCCCGCACAUUGAGCGCGUGGAUGUCUGCUUCUUGGAGGCACCAGAUAUCGACUAUGUCUGCAAGCCGCUUGGUGGUGAUACCCUUGGAUUUGAUAUCAAUUUCAUUCCCGGCCUGGAGAACUUCAUCAAGGAGCAGAUCCACGCCAACUUGCAGCCUAUGAUGUACGACCCUAACGUGUUCCCUAUCGAAAUCGCCAAAAUGUUGGCUGGAAACCCUGUCGAUCAAGCUGUUGGUGUUGUCGCCGUCACUCUGCACUCUGGUAGACAGCUCAAGAAUCCCGAUAAGUUUUCCGGUACUCCCGACCCUUACGCUGUUUUGGCAUUAAACAAUGGCAAGGAACUGGGCCGCACCAAGAUUAUUCAUGAUACCGACAGCCCUAUGUGGAACGAGACCAUCUAUGUCAUUAUCACUUCGUUUGCCGACGCGUUGAGCAUCAAGGUCUUUGACUGGAAUGAGUACCGGAAGGACAAGGAAAUGGGAGUUGCUUCCUUCGCCCUUGACAAACUAGAGCACGAGCCGUUGCAUGAAGGUCUUUAUCUCGAGGUCAUGUCUAGCGGUCGCCAUCGUGGUGCUGUUCAGGCUGACAUCCGUUUCUUCCCUGUCGCUCAGGGAGCCAGGAAUGAGAACGGCGAGGAGGAGGCUCUUCCCGAGUUGAACACUGGCAUUGCGCAGUUCACUGUUGAGCAGGCGAAGGAUCUGGAUGGUUCUAAGAGUUUGGUUGGCAAGCUGAACCCUUACGCUGUCCUGCUUCUCAACGGAAAGGAAAUUCACAUCACGGGUAAAUUGAAGCGAACCAAUAAUCCGAUUUUCCCGAACGCAUCGAAGGAAUUCCUGGUCACUGAUCGCAAGAACGCUAAAUUGGGCCUUAUCAUCAAGGAUGACCGUGAUCUCGCCACAGACCCGAUUAUCGGCCGUUACCAGAUCAAGCUCAACGACAUGAUGAAGCUGAUGGAUCAGGGCAAACAAUGGUUCCAUUUGCACGGCGCUCAGACUGGACGUGUCAAGUUGACUCUUGGCUGGAAGCCUGUUCAGCUUGGUGCUAUCGCUGGCAGUGCAGGCUACAUCGACCCUAUUGGUGUUAUGCGGUUCUACUUCAAGGCUGCUCAUGAUCUGCGGAACCUGGAGUCUAUGGGCAAGUCUGACCCUUAUGCUCGCGUCCUGCUGUCUGGUCUACAAAAGGGUCGCACCGUUACUUUCCGCAACAAUUUGAACCCCGAGUGGGAUGAAAUUGUCUAUGUUCCUAUUCGCAGCGCUCGCGAAAGACUAUUUAUCGAAGUCAUGGACGAAGAGACCAUCAACAAGGACCGAAGCCUGGGCUGGGUUGAGCUUAAAGCAUCGGACUUUGUUCGCGAGACAGAAACUGGCGGGUACGAGAUCGAUGACGAGAAACAACUCACCACUAGUCCACUCACCAUGGGCAAGGGUACCCACAAGGGUAGGAUCGAGUAUUCCGUUGCUUUCUACCCAUGCGUUCCUGUAGUCAACCCCGAAGACGAGGAGGACGAGGAAGAAGAGGAAGAGGUAACCGAGGUUGCUGCUGGCGAAACGCCCGCUGCUCCUGCUUCCCCAACUUCCACCAAGGGUCACAAAAAGAACUUCAGCGUGGACUCCAAGGCUUCCAAGGUUUCCAAGGCUUCUCGAAAGACGAACGGCACCGUUCCUAAUGGCCGCCCUAGUCUCGAGUCUAACUCCUCUCGCCCGGCUACUGGUCGUGACUCGGAGACUGGCUCUGUUCAGGAUCUCAAGGAGAUUCCAAAGACCUACAUCAGUGCCGAUGAUCUUGACAAAUAUGAAUCUGGUUUCAUUGUCUUUAAGUUCCAUGAAGGGGAACUGUCGCACAAGGAUGUUCACCUCGAAGUUCUGAUGGACGACUACAUGUUCCCUGCUUACAUAUCGUCGAAGAUCCAUACUCACACUGUCAAGACCGCUGAUGUCGGCGAGGCCUUCGUUCGUGAACUAGAAUUCUCCAAGAUCACUUUGCGUCUAGUCAAAAAAGAAAAUAGCAAGGACUCGAAGGAAGACCAUAUUGUCUCGAAGCUGACCGGUGACACUCUUUCCACUCUGUCCCGUAUUUUGUACAACCCCACUCAACUUGUUCUCCGCUCGAACAGUGGAGAAGUGAGCAAAAUCACCGUUAGCGCUCGUUACAUCCCCGUGGAGAUGAAGCUUGACCCACGUGAAAGCAUUAACAACAUGGGUGACCUCCGUGUCGAUGUCUUGGAUGCUGCUGACUUGCCCUCAGCCGACCGGAAUGGAUACAGUGAUCCAUACUGUAAGUUCCGCAUUGGCGAUGACCACAAGGACAUUUUCAAGACAAAGGUGCAGAAGAAGACACUGCAUCCAGCUUGGAAUGAGUUCUUCGAAACUCCUAUCAAGUCGCGCAUAGGCGCCAAUCUACAUGUUGAUGUCUACGAUUGGGACUUUGGUGAGUCUGCAGACUUUUUGGGUGCAGCCAAGAUCGAUCUGGAGGCUCUUGAGCCUUUCAAGGCAACUGAGGUCACACUUCCAUUGGACGGAAAGUCUGGUGUCAUUCGCUUGAAGCUCCUUUUCAAGCCUACCUACGUCGUUCGGUCCCGCCAGGGCUCCUCGACUUUCUCUGGCACCUUCGCCGUGCCCGGUAAGGUCAUCGGAGCUCCUGUCAAGGGAGUCGGCUUCCUCGGCAGCAAUGUUGUCCGUGGUGCUUCUUUCUUGAAGCACGGCCUUACUCGCGGAAGGAAGGACAAGAAUGGCGAUGACACUGCUUCCAUUAACGCCAGUAUCCUCGAGGAGGAGCCUCGCCCCCAGACCGGUGGCUUGUCCCCCGCCACACCCCUGCAAGACGGUAGCCCUACCUCUAGCCCUUCUACCCCGGUGAAGGAGCAUUCCCGCAAUCGUAGUAGCGUCUCCCAAGUCGGUGAUCGCCACAGCAUCGCUGGCGGCCGAGGCGAGACCGGCACAGCCAACAUCACAAUUGUCUCCGCCUCCGAUUUCUCCACAUCUGCCAAUGUGCGCGUGAUCGUCAAUGCUCUCAAAUCCAACAAAUGGAAGGAGGUCCAUAAGACCAAGUCCCACAAGGGAAGCGGCGAACCCAUCCAGUUCAAUGACUCAUUCCGCGUUCCUCACAUCACCGCCGAAACUAGCUUCCAGGUCAAGGUCGUCGACCACUCGACCUUCGGCUCUGACGACGUCAUCGGCGAGUCCCUUUUCUUCGUCGGUGACCAGGGCUCUGUCGCAGACCAAGAUAAAUCUAUCAACGUUGGUUCCGGCACCGUCGUCAUCCGCUCAAGCUUCACCCCUUCAGAAUCUACUCUGCGACCUACUACUUCCCACUCCACGGCCGCCACUGGGGCCGAGGAUGGCGCUGAGAGCCCCGAUUCCAAGAAGGUAUCUCGCCGCAGCUUCUUGACCAAGAACCGGAGUGUAAGCGGUGCCUAA